CACUGUCCACUGUCCACUGUCCACUGUCCACAUUUCUUUGGUUUUCUCUCUCUUCAACUCUCUUUUUGUGUACCCUCAAGCUUUCUGCAACAAACAUGGGGGCUCUCGAUUAUAUUUCAAACUUUUGCAUUGUCUCCGAAAGGAGGAGCAAACGCAAGCCAAUGCAGACAGUUGAAAUCAAGGUUAAAAUGGACUGUGAUGGCUGUGAAAGAAGAGUCAGAAAUGCUGUCACCAACAUGAAAGGCGUAAAAACUGUCGAAGUAAUCAGGAAACAAAACCGCGUGACGGUGACCGGGAACGUGGAUCCGAACAGGGUGUUGAAGAGGGUGAAGAGCACGGGGAAGAGGGCGGAGUUCUGGCCGUAUAUCCCACAGCAUGUGGCCUUAUAUCCGUAUGCGACGGGGGCAUACGACAAAAGGGCACCGGCGGGAUUUGUUCGGAACGUGGCGCAAGCUUACCCUGCACCUUCUUCCAACGCCCCCGAAGAGAAGUUCGCCACCUUCUUCAGCGAUGAUAAUGUUCAUGCGUGUUCCAUCAUGUAGGGUGAAACAACUGAAGUUAGAUUAAAAUGGUGGAUUUUUGACGACCAUAUGCUGUUUAUAUAUUGUGUUCAUUGGGAA